AUGUUGACAUUGGCCUGUUGCAGUGUGUGUUGUAACAGUAUCGGUAGUCCGCAUUCCAGUACACGUUUCGUUAGAGGAGCGUUGUUCUCGAUCGAGCCUCGCCCACGUGUCACAACCUGCCCGCGUUAUCACGGGUUAACAUUCGCGCAGGCGGCCUUGCGACCAAACGGCAUGACCGCUGUCCAUUCCAGGGAAUCCGUGGAGCGGAACCUCCUAGCUAACAACUGUACAUGUGCUAUGAAACUCUCACAGCGACGUUAA